AUGUUUCUUGUGUCCCAUUCUUGGGCACGUGUAUUGUUUGAUUCUGGUGCUUCUUAUUCAUUCAUUACUUCAUCAUUUGCACGGGCAUUGGCUUUGGAGGUCAGUCAGUUAGACAGACCACUCUGUGUUGACACACUUAUUGGGGAUUCAGUUACUCUUGGUAGAGGAGAUCGGUGUGAUCCUCUCACUCAUUCAUUCUAUGGUGUUAGGGGUCGGGAUCGAGAUUAUAUUAACUUCCAAGUCCUCUGCAUCGGCGAGAAAGGCGUCGGUAAGAGUGGCAAGCCUUUGCACUACAAAGGCUCCAGCUUCUACCGUGUGAUCCCCAGCUUCAUGUGCCAGGGCGGCGACUUCACCGCCGAAAAUGGCACCGGCGACGAGUCAAUCUAUGGCUCCAAGUUCGCCGACGAUAACUUCGUCAAGAAGCACACCGGUGCCAGUAUUCUCUCCAUGGCGAAUGCCGGCCCUGGGACCAAUGGAUCGCAAUUUUUCUUCCGCACGGCAAAGAUCGAGUGGCUGGACGGAAAACACGUGGUAUUCGGGAAGGUUGUGGAUGGGAUAGACUUGGUGAAGUCGAUCGAGAAAGUUGGAUCCAGUUCUGGAAGGACCUCGAAAGCAGUGACCAUCACUAACUGCGGUCAGCUUUCUUGGACCAGCCUUGAUCUUUAAUCGUUAUCUGUGAUAUAUGUGAUCCAGUGUCUUUCUUUGUCACUUUUAGUUUUCAAGAGUGAUGUUUCUAGGAUUUAUAUGUGGGGUGUAUGGUGGAUCCAUGGAUCUUUUGUGUUGAGAUGGAUAACCUUUAAAUAAGAUAGGUUUUACUUUGUCUACUCCAUUUCUACCAUAUAAAUAUAGA